AUGGCCAUCCAGACUCUCCCUCAAACCCCACAGGAGGCUUGGAAGAAGAUCCGCACCGGCGAUUGGAGGGGUGUAACCUCCGGGGUUGCCCCCGGCUACGUGCAGGCCAACCUUGCCAUAUUGCCCAUGGCGCUUGCCUUUGACUUCCUGCUGUUUUGCCAGCGCAAUCCUCGCCCCUGCCCAAUAUUGGAGGUUAUCGAGGCCGGGGAGGUUGAGCCCAGGCUAACCGCACCUGGCGCCGAUAUCAGGACCGACAUUCCCUACUAUCGGGUUUACGAGAACGGCGAACUUACCGGCGAAGUGGACUCGUUGAAGGAAAUCUGGCGAGACGACCUCGUCUCUUUUCUGCUGGGCUGCAGCUUUUCUUUCGAGUCUGCGUUGUCCGAGGCCGGAAUCUCCCUGAGACAUCAGGAAAUGAACUGUAACGUGCCGAUGUACGUUACCAACAUAGCUACCAAUUCGGCCGGCGUGUUCUCCGGCCCCAUGGUGGUCAGCAUGAGACCGGUGCGGCAUGACAAGAUAGUCCGGGCGGUACAGGUAACUUCCCGUUUCCCAGCCACCCACGGGGCGCCGGUACACAUAGGCGACCCGUCGGUCAUUGGCAUCGAAAAUAUAGAUCGUCCCGAUUUUGGCGAUGGCGUUGAGAUCCGCCCGGGAGAGGAGCCGGUAUUCUGGGCCUGCGGUGUCACGCCCCAGGCAGUGGCCUUGAACUGCAAGCCACCCUUGAUGAUCACCCACGCGCCAGGCCACAUGUUCGUGACGGCGCAGCGCGACGCCGAUUAUGCCGUCUUAUAG